AUGUCGUACGCACGCACUGGGACUUUCUAUGGUACCGUUGCUGUUGUCCGUGACAUGGUACGCAUACUGGACGCGAUUGGUGGCGAUGGCCUGUUACGAUUCCAUGGUGCCUCCUAUGGCACGGUCCUCGGUUGGACCUUUGCUCAGAUGUUCCCAGAGCGGGUCGAACGUAUGUUGUUGAACGGCAACGUGAACAAUGUUGAAUGGUGGAACGGAUACGAAGUGGCGCGCGGCAAGGACACCGACAAGGUGUUCCAGAAUCUUUUACAAGGAUGUGUGGACUCGCAGGGGAAGUGCAAGCUUGCUGAGCUGGGCGACGUCGACACUAUCCGAAGUAAGCUUGAGGCGAAAUUGGGCUCUCUUACCGAUGGCCAAGCAGCCAGCUUCAAGGCCAUGAUCUACAAUAAUCUGUACCAUCCUUCGACCUGGUCUGAAGUCGUGACGAAGCUGUACGCUCUGAUCGAGAACGGAGUUCUAAGCAAGAGAGAGCUGGUCAAGAGAGAGCUGGUCAAGAGAGAGCUAGACCGUGGCGAUCCGGUCCAAUGCUCUGACUUUCGGUUCAGGGCAAAUACUGCAUCUGAGCUUGCCACUUUGGCUCAGACCCAGAACCCUCUCGACUGGUUCCAUUUCCAGCAAGGUUCUGCAUGGAAUUGCUACGCGUGGCAAUUCGACGCAGUGGAACGAUUCGAAAAUGCUGGUCGCCUUCCGCCUGCCAAGACAAAGAAUCCUGUACUACUGGUAAAUCCAACAUGGGAUCCCGUCACGCCGCUCGCGAACGCCCACAACAACUCCCUCUGGCUGGAACGCUCCGUUGUGCUCGAGCACCGCGGCAACGGGCAUGGCACUGAUGAUCUUCAGAAGAGCCGCUGCACCUACCAGGCCAUGCGCGACUACUUCGUGGACCUUAAGAUGCCGGACAGGGGCGCUGUCUGUGACGUCGACGUCCAGCUCUUUUCGGACGACAACUCGAUGACAGUUUUGAAGCCUCUGUAUGAGGAGGCGGGAUUUGAGGUGCAAGACGACGGAACCCUGAAGUAUUUGUCGAAAUAA